AUGGCUGAGGAUGCAAACGAGGACCAGCGCGAAAAUGCGCCAUCGCCAGGUUUUACACAGUCCUUUGUUUCGUUUUACCGACCGAGCGAUUCAGAUUUUUUGAAUGACCAAGAGCUGAACACCGGUGCCGUCGUCGUUUCGCUUGAAAACGGUGUUGUUAUGGGAAACGAGGAAAGCUACGAGGAGUUAAAUGCCGACGACGACGUACCGCCAGAAAUUACCUUCGACCGCAAUCUUCCCGCCUCUCACGCGUACCUCGGUAACGAUUUGGAAGAUGUGGGCGGCGGCCAAGCGUUGUACGAACCUGAUUCCGUGCUGUCGAAUGUCCCUUUAUAUCCAUUGACCGGCUUUAUCCUGAUGCCCCAUCAGAAUUUGCCUCUGCAGUCGAUACACAUUCGAAUGGUUUCCGUACUUCGAAGUAUCAUCGCUAGGAGUCAAACUUUUGGCGUCGUCGACAAAGCACAUGUGCACUGGAUUGGCGAACUUCCACGAUUUCUCAGCAGUCUAGUGCAGGGCAUAUUCAGCAGUUCUGUAGCACCUCCUUUCUGCCACGUUUGCGUGGACUUUACCUGGGAGGCUCUAUAUGACGAAUCCGGUAUCUCACAGCAUUUGGCCGAUAUCGGUACGUUGGCCCAAGUAUUAGCCUAUCGAGACGACAACGACGAACGCGUACCAGGUGUGAAACUCAGGGCUGUUGGUCGACAGCGAUUUCGUAUAAUCAGCACUCGGCGGCAGUUGGACGGCUUGCUGUGCGCGGACGUUCGCAUCCUACCCGAGGAAACUCUUACAGAUUUGGUGUCCGCGGCAAGGCUUCCUUCGAUGGCUCGAUUCAGAGUGAAGAACGAAAUAGCGGAGUCAAAGCGGUCGCCACCAUCUUCGUCUGUUGUUUCACUCAUGCGUCAUCACAAGUACUUUGCGUGCUUUUUGACGUCAUGGCCCAUGUUCAUUUGCAAGCAUUAUGAUGUUGACGACAUCGUGAAGGAGAUCGCCCAGGAGCUGAAGCAGUGGUACCGCAGCAGCAUGGCGGUCAACUUUCCGACCAACCCGAUGGUCUUUAGCUACUGGGUAGCAUCCAAUUUGCCACUCAGCGACGUUCUGAAACUGCAGCUAUUGAAAAUGAACUGUACGCUGCAACGACUGCGUUGCGAACUGGCCGUCUUAAAGAAGUACACCGUUCUUUGCUGUCGUGAGUGCGGUCAACAGAUUGGCAAAAAAAGCAGUAUCUUCAGCAUGUCGGUUGAAGGAGCGAUGGGAGCGUAUGUCAAUAUGCAUGGAUACGUGCAUGAGACACUCACUCUUCGCCACGUGACGGGCACAUCACUUAGCAGUGGUCAGAGCACGGAGAUGAGUUGGUUUCCGGGGUACGCUUGGAAAAUAAUGCAGUGCAGUCAUUGCAGCAGUCACAUUGGUUGGAAGUUUACGGCAGUUGACAGUUACCUGAAGCCGACUGAGUUCUACGGCGUUACAAGAAUGUCGGUUUUGCCCAUGGUGGACAGUGAAGGUGUCAAUCGCGAAGUUGAGGCUGAAUUUUGA